AGAGAGCGAGAAGAGAGAGAGAGAGUUGCCCUUGUCUUUCUCAACAAGAUUGACUGCCUGACGUUCUCUUGUCUGGGUCUUUCUCGCCGACCGUCGCGUGGCAGCCUUUCUAUCUUCAGGCUCCUCCUUACGCCCUCGACUCCCUGCUGCCCGCCUGUCGUUGUGCGAUCCGACGUGCCUUUUCUUCCCUUUCGACCUCCUCCCAGUCGAAGGAUAGCAUCGUCGUCUUCAUCCACCAUAUUGUGAUCGCUUAUCCCAGCCGCUAUCGUCGCCCACCAUGCCGCCUCCGCCUCACAUCAAGCCUGAAAAUGUCCUCAAGAGGGCUCAGGAACUCAUCGCCGUGGGUCAGGCCCCCGCCGCCCUCAACGUCCUUCACGAACAUGUCACCUCCAAGCGGACGCGCAGCAGCCCCAUCGCCUCUCUGGAGCCGGUGAUGCUCCUCUUCGUCGAGCUGUGUGUUGAUCUUCGCAAGGGCAAGGCCGCCAAGGAUGGUCUCUACCAGUACAAGAACAUCGCCCAGAACACCAACGUCGGAACGAUCGAGGUUGUUCUCAAGAAGUUCAUCGAACUCGCCGAGAAGAAGGUCACCGAGGCUCAGGCCAAGGCCGAUGAGAUCCAGUCUUCUCUCGAGUCCGCUGCCCCUUCCUCCAACGUUGAGGAUCUGGAAGCCAUCGAGACCCCCGAGACCAUCCUGCUCGCCACCGUCUCCGGUGAGCAGUCCCGCGACCGCACGGACCGUGCUGUUGUCACUCCUUGGCUCAAGUUCCUCUGGGAGACCUACCGCACCGUGCUCGAAAUCCUCAAGAACAAUGCCCGCCUUGAGGUCAUGUACCAGACCACCGCCCUGCAGGCCUUCCAGUUCUGUCUCAAGUACACCCGCAAGACCGAGUUCCGCCGUCUGUGCGAGCUGCUCCGUAACCACGUCCAGAAUGCCGCCAAGUACUCCGCUCAGAUGCACGCCAUCAACCUCAGCGACCCGGAUACCCUCCAGCGCCACCUGGACACCCGUUUCCAGCAGCUGAACGUUGCCGUCGAGCUGGAGCUGUGGCAGGAGGCCUUCCGCAGCAUUGAGGACAUCCACACCCUUCUCAGCCUCAGCAAGCGUCCCGCCAAGAACGUCAUGAUGGCCAACUACUACGAGAAGCUGGCCCGUAUCUUCCUGGUCAGCGAGAACUACCUCUUCCACGCCGCUGCCUUCAGCCGUUACUACAACCUUCUCCGCCAGUCCGCCGCCACUCUGGCUGCUGGCCAGGGUACCAAGAAGGAGAACCCCUCCGUCACCGAGGCCGAUAUGACCAAGGCCGCCUCUUUCGUCCUGCUGUCCGCCCUCUCCAUCCCCGUCAUCAGCACUUCCCGCUCCCGCGGUGCCCUGGUCGAUGUGGAUGAGGUCCGCAAGAACAAGAACACCCGUCUCACCAACCUGUUGGGUAUGGCCUCUCCCCCCACUCGUGCGGUGCUGUUCAAGGAUGCCCUCAACAAGGGCCUGCUCAAGCGCGCCCGCCCCGAGAUCCGUGACCUCUACAACAUCCUCGAGGUGGACUUCCACCCCCUGUCCAUCUGCAAGAAGAUCACCCCCAUCCUCAAGCAGAUCGGUGCCGACCCCGAGAUGGAGAAGUACGUCCUGCCUCUGCAGCAGGUCAUCCUGACCCGUCUCUUCCAGCAGCUGUCUCAGGUCUACGAGUCUGUCGAGCUCAAGUUCGUCUACGAGCUGGCUCAGUUCCCCGACCCCUUCCAGAUCACUCCCUCCAUGAUCGAGAAGUUCAUCAUGAACGGCUGCAAGAAGGGCGACCUCGCCAUCCGUGUCGACCACAUCUCUGGUGUCCUCACCUUCGACACCGACGUCUUCUCCUCCGCCAAGGCUCUGCACCCCGGCAGCGCCGCUGGCUCCGCCGAGAGCGAGGUUGGCUCCGUCCAGCGCCUGCAGAACACCCCCGCUGAGAUUGCCCGCCUGCAGCUCACUCGCCUGGCCAAGACCCUGCAUGUGACCUGCAUGUACGUCGACCCCUCGUACAACGAGGCCCGCCUGCAGGCCAAGCGUGCCGCCCUUGCCCGCGCCCAGGCUGGUGCCGCCAAGGAGCACGAGGAGACUCUGGCUCGCCGCGUCAUCAUCGAGAAGAAGAAGGAGGCCGCCACCGAUGCUCUGCAGCGCAAGCAGCGCGAGGAGGAGACUCGCAAGCGCAUCCGCACCCAGCAGCUUCAGGAAGCCGAGAAGCAGCGUCUGUUGGAUGAGCACCGCGAGCGUGAGAAGAAGCGCAUCAAGGAUGAGCAGGACCGCAUCCGCCAGCAGGAGCUGAAGAAGCAGCUGGAGGAGCUCAAGACUGGCGUCAAGGGCAUUGACAUCAGCGAGCUUGACCUGAACGAGCUCGAUGCCAACCGCCUCCGUGCCAUGAAGCUGGCUCAGCUGGAGAAGGAGAAGAACGAGCUCAACGACCGCAUCCGCACCACCGCCAAGCGCAUUGACCACCUGGAGCGUGCCUUCCGUCGUGAGGAACUGAAGCACAUCCCCGAGGACUACGAGAAGCAGAAGCAGCGCGACAUGGAGAUCUACGAGGCCACCAAGGCCGAGGCCCUCAAGGAGGCUGAGGACAAGCACAAGGAGGCCGUUGCCCUCAAGCACCGUCUUAGCCGCCUGGUGCCCCAGUUCAACAGCUUCCGCAAGGAGGUGUCCGAGAAGCGCCACGAGGAGUUCGAGAAGCGCCGCAAGGCUGCUGAGCGCGACUUCGAGGCCAAGAAGAAGCAGCGUAUCAAGGAGGUCCAGGAGCGCAGACGCCGUGAGCGCGCCGAGCGUGAGGAGGAAGAGCGCCGCCGCAAGGAAGAGGAGGAGCGCGUCCGUCGCGAGGAGGAGGAGAGAACCGCCAAGGAGGAGGAGCGCCGCCGUGUCCUGGCUGAGGAGAAGGCCAAGCGUGAGGAAGAGAGAAAGUCAGUAUCCCCCAUCAGAACUCCCUGUCGCCCAAUUCGUCAAAGACCACUAGUUGCUAACCCGCCUUACAGGAGACUCGAUGAACUUGCUGCCAAGCAGAAGCAGCGUGAAGAGGAAGCCGAAGCUCGCCGUGCCGCUCGCCGGGCUGGUGGUGCUGAGCCCGAGGCUGCCCCUGCUCCUGAACGUGCUGCUCCCACGGAACGCAUUGCUCCUCGUCUCAACCUGGCUCCUCGCACUGGUGGUGGUCCCAGCUGGAGAGAGCGCCAGGCUGCCAAGGAGGCUGCUGGUGGCGCUCCUGCUGCUGCUCCUGAGCGUGCUGCUCCCGAGCCUGCCCGCGAGGAGCCCGCUCCCGUGCGCAGAGGCUACGUACCUCCUCACCUGCGCUCGGGUGCCAGUGCUACCCCUGCUGCUCCUGAGCGUGCUGCCCCUGCUCCUUCCACGGAGCGCUACGUUCCCCGUGCCAUGCGUGAGGCCGGCUCUUCCCAGCCCCCCUCCCGCACGCAGACCCCCGGCUCCAGCUCCGACAAGACCGAGGAGUCCAAGCCUGCCGCUGGCAAGUGGGUGCCCAGAUGGAAGCAGCAGCAGGGUGGCCAGUAAAUCGCAUGAUGACAUGAAAAAGUUCUUUGGAUGUUUGAUGAAAGGGCGUGUGAUUUGAGUCAAACCUUCCUCUUUUCUCUUUUUUCUCUCUCUCUUUCAUCCUUGUGUUGUAUAAACACACAACUCUCAUCCACCUUACAAAUACUUUUCCGCCCCGCCUCCCCAUCUUCAUGUUCGCAUAGUACCUUUUUGUCUCCUUCCUUAGCCUCAAACCCGGUACGAUUCUUCUUUUUUCUUCUA